AUUUCAUUUGUUUAUUUAUAAAAUCACACGUACUUAAAUCAAACUUAAGAACAUCACCGCCGCCCUUGUGGAUAAUUAUCGUACUCUACAUUCACUCAUUUUCAACAACACAAAUUCGACGUAAACGCCCAUCUCGAUCGUCCUUUUUGUAUAUAGCUCCAUUGCUCGACUAAUCAACAAAGGUAAAAUGUUGUUUACAAUCUAUUUUUUAAAUCUAUUUCUACGAUUCAUUGGAUAAUACAAAAAAUGUUAUUGUAAAUUGUCUUCGGUGAAAAUGUAGAUGCAAGCGCUCUCUACAUAGAAAUAAACAUAGCAAUUAAAAUUGUUAGCGCAUUUUGCCGCCAAAAAGUUGUAGAUGUUGCGCGCCCUAAGUUCUAAUUAAUAUUAUUUAUAAUUAUUUGGAUAGUAAAUUUGUAAAUAUGUUCUCGACGAUGAAGGAUCUUACUCAUUAUUUUCAAGACAAUGUCAAAUCCCGUGAACCAUGCCCAAAUACGUCUGAAUUAAAUAAUAUAUAUAAAUUAAAGGAUGGAUCAGAAUAUUCUUGUAGAAAAAAACGUACUCGUGUCAAAAUCAAGAUAUCUCGUAGAAAUUCGAGUAGCAGGGUAUGCAAUAUCGUUGAGAAUAAAAAUGAUUUAAUCGAUAAAACUCCAAGUCCAUUUUCUAAAUCGUUGGGAAAAAAAGAAAGAGCUGCAAGCAGUGAAAGAUCGACAAGAGAGGUUAAGGAGAAAGAAAAUAAAGAUAGUAUUGGAAAAACGAAAGAAGAAAUACUUCCAAAAGUUAAUAUUAAUUAUAUAUUAAUAGAAUCGGAUAGCGAUACUGAAGCGUUAGAAAGCGAGAUAAAUGGUAAGUUUUCUUUAUCUACAGACAAACAAAAUUCAAUGCAAUCUCAAAUGGAAUGUAGUAUAGAAAAUUAUAAUGGAUUCAAAUGUAAUACUGCACCUAGAAGCAAUAAUCAAAUUAAUAAAGAAACAAUUCAAGCAGGUAUCGUUUAUGAGCCUAUUAAUGAACAUAAACAAUCUAAUGCAUUUCAAGUUCUUAUGAAUCCAAAUAAAUCAAUAGACAAUAUUUCAUUGGUGCACCCUUCGUUGAAAAAUGAUACUUCCUCCGAAUCAAAAUUAUUACUUAUGAAAGACAUAAAAAGUCAUUCAAAGAGAAAACUUACCAAUACAGAAGAUGAUAAGAAAAUAGAAGAAAUUCCAGAAAAACGUUUGAAACGAUUUAAAGAAAAUGCUAAGAAAGAUAAUUAUCCUACAACAAAUAAUUUAUUAAAUUUUCUCAGCAAAUCGGCAAUAGGACUAGAAAAAAAAGAUAAAAUAGAAGUUAACACGUCUACUAUAGUUGUAGAAGCCGAUGUACAUAUGUCAGAAGAACCUAUGGUAAAUUCAUUAACUAACGUAGCAAAAACUAAAUCAGAUUCUGUAUACAAGAAAAUGGGCAAUAAAAAUAUUCAAUCAGAAUAUUCGAACAUACAAACGGAAUAUUCAAAUGUAGAUAAAAUAGAUUUAAUAAAAUUGGAAGAAAUGAAACAAAAUUUAUGCGUAGAGGAAAAUCCACGAUUGUUGCAACGUGAUAAACCUAAAUGGUCUUUAAGAAUUAAAAUGCUAUCUCCAAAAAGUAAGGAAUCUUCAUCCGAUAGCGACGAAGAAAUGUUAUAUUCUCCGAUAAGUAAAAUCAAAUGUAAGAUGAAAGAUAAAAAACUAUCUAAAACAUCAAGUAAUAAUAUCAACGAGUGUGCAAGAUUAUCUUUAAAAAUAAAUGGUCAAGAAAAUAAUUCUGACAAGCUGACUACUUCUCUUAACCAUGCAACGCAAAAUGAUUUUACUGACGAUAUUAUUGUCGAAAAAGAAAUCAAAAAAUUAACAUGCAUAAACGAAUAUAGAAAUUUUAAUGAGAACUAUAUUAAUACAAAUACGAAGGAAAUUUCCAAGAAUUCGCAAAUUAUAGAUAGUAAUACUUUAAAAAGAGAACCUCAUAAAAAACUAGCGCCUCUUUUUACGAGACAAUCUAAGCCAAACGUUGUAACCGAGGCUGCAAAACGUUCAUUUUUUAAAUCGGAUACGAUUAAUAAUAGUAGUAAACAUGUGGAGAAAAAAGUACCUACUUGCAAUUUGACUUACUUUCCUUUUCCAAAAAUUAGUCAUAUCAAGCAAUUGAAUAAUAAAAUUCAAACUAACGACGAAUUACAUACGCAUAAAAUUCGAAUAAAACCAAAUAUGAAAUAUAUACCAAUGAUAUAUAAUGGUGAUAAUUAUAAAUAUAUUUCUCAAUCUCUUGAAUCAUUAAGUAAAUCUCAAAUAACUAUAAAUGCAUCGAUUGAACAAAAUACAGAGGAAGUAUUGGCAGAAAUAGAAAAGCAUUGCUCAGAUACUAGAAAUAUAUGGGAAACUAUUAAUUCUAUAGCAAAGAAUAAAUUUAACGUGGUACAAUCAGACAAAUCAAAAAGUAAGAGAACAAAAAAAGAUAUAACGAAAGAAUGCGAUAAAAAGCUGAUUGUAAACAAUAUUUGGACACAAAAAUAUAAACCGACUAAUAGUUGUCAAAUAGUUGGAAACGAAAAUGCUGCAAUAAAGCUAAGAGAUUGGCUAAGUCGCUGGAAAUUGUCUGUACAUAAAGAAGCUAGUAGCAGCGGGGAUGAAUUUUAUUCAUCAGAUUGUAGUUUUACGGGCAAACAGAAAAAUAAUCAAGUAGCUGUAUUAUUGGGGCCCCAUGGAAGUGGUAAAACUGCUGCUGUUUACGCCGUUACGGAAGAGCUUGGUUAUAGCGUAUUGGAAGUCAAUGCUUCGUCUAGAAGAACGGGAAAAAAAAUUUUUAAGGAACUCGACGAAGCAACUAAAUCACACCGAAUUAAAAAGAACGGAAGCAAAUCGUUAUUUAAGCCAAUUUUGAAAGAGGCAAAUAAUUCAUCACAAAAUUCCUUAAUUCUUUUAGAAGAUAUUGACUUAAUAUUUGAAGAAGAUGAAGGGUUUAUUUCUGCUAUAUCCCAAUUGGUGUCCAACACGAAACGUCCUAUUGUAAUGACGUGCAAAGAUGUUUGCCCUCAUUUAAAUAAAAUGGCUCCCGAACAAAAUCGAAUUUAUUUCCAAAAAGUAGUUGGUAAUAGAGCAUCAACUUUACUAAAAUUAAUUUCGUUAGCAGAAACAGGCUUUAAAAUUUCGUGCGAAUGUUUAGCAGAACUUCUACAGAAUGGGGAUUUAAGAAAAGCUUUACUGCAAUUGCAGUAUCUGCUAGUCUCGGGUUUCGCGCAUGUAAGUAAAUAUCCUUUUAAUUCGAGAAACUUUGUUUGGCAAGAUAUGAAGUAUUAUCUAUACCAGCCGGCUAUAAAAGAAACGAAAAAACAAAAAGCGAAAGGCUACGUAAAGAAUAAUAAUAGAAAUAUAUUAAAUAAUUUAGCCAGUCAGUUAGAUUAUUUAUCGUUGCUAUCAUCCUUAAUUGAGAUUAAUGAUCCUGCGCUCGAUAUAGUAUGUACCAAACCGCAGUCCAGUUUAUCUCUAAUGGAAGACACAACGCCAUACUCUGUUUCACAAAGUAUAAGUUCAGAAAUAGGAGAAUGGAUUAGUCGAAAGAUAAUUAAAGAAAAUCACUUAAUUGGUAAAAAUAGAAUCCCAUAUCAAGGCAGAUUAAGCCUAAAAAAGCAAUUAAAUGAAGGAGUCGAUAGUGCUUUAUCGCAAAUUACGUCUCAUACUUUAGACAAUCGAUGUAUUUCCUUAGAUUACUUACCAUGCGUUAGAACGAUAUGUAGAACAGAAGAAUAUCGAAUUGCGGCAAACAUUAAGAGAGGUAAUAGAUUUUUUCACUAUCUUAGUGGCUUCAAAUUGCCAGCUUCGUCGACAAAGCCUAAUAUUUUAUCGGCCGCGUGUAAAAUGCUACAAGAGAAAUCAUGAUACGAUAUCUCCUCAAUCAGAAUACAUAUAAUAUGCCUAUAUGAAUGGAUUUUUUUUAAGGGGAAUGGAAAGAAAUCCAUUAUUUUUUAUCUUAACACAUUGACAGCCGGUAACCUGAAAGACAUUUAAGGCCUGAGCGCCGGCCUUAUUCACUGAUCACUGAAUAGCACAGAAACCCGUGUUUUCGCGGGGCCGGCUGUUAAUGUAUUAACAAGAAGCUCUAUUAGUUCAUAUAAAUUUUUAAAUAAUCGUUCUUAUACUUUGAAAAAAUGUUGUAUAGGUUUUGAAUUGAAAAAGUCGUUGAGGUGAUUCUCUUAAUAUAAAUAAAAUAUAUAUCCUGUCCCUUUAAAAGAAUAAUAUAAAAUUAGUUAACAAUGCACCCAUCAUUUGUGAGUUUUUUAACAUUCAUUAAUGUUUAGAUCAAACAUAAUGCACUUCUUGAUUGUAUUAGAAAUCAGUUUAAGUUAUAUUACGCUCGACUAUAAUUAUUUGAAAGAUAUCAUUUUGCUGGCAUAAAAAAAUAAUAUUCAUUUUAAAACGCACGUUUUUGUCUUAUCGCUUAUAUUUUUUUUAAAUGCUUAACCCUUUCGCUACGAGCGUCGCCUAUAGACGGCGUCAUCUGCCUGACCUGAGACCCGCUCCGUACAGUGUCGCUACUCCGGCGGCACGGUGGUCCGUACAGCGGAGUCACUCCGACGGAGCACACUGCCGUAGCAAAAGGGUUAAUAAUCUUUGAAUUUUUCUUACAAAGACACUCCUCUUCUCAUUUUAUUAAAUAUAAAUAUAUAAAUAUAUAAAUAUAAAAUCGAUCAAUGCAAAGAACGUAGCGUUGUGUUUUUCAGGUAGGUACUAAUGAUUUUUUCAAAAUGAUUCAUCAAAUUAUUGUCGCUUUUUUAUCCCAAACUUUUAUUCAAAUGAAUCAUAAAAAUGAUAUUAUUCUUAUGUGUUAAACAUAUUAAUCAUUUUGUUUUUUCUGUCCUCAUUCGUUAAUCGCCCUAGGCGAUUUUAUUAGCUCCUCUUUAAUUAUUUUAGGAGGGGAUUGUUUAGUGAUAAAUAAUAAGAUAUAUGGAUCAUGGGUACAGGUAUAAGCAAAAAAGAUUAGAAGAUGAAAUUCUUCCUAUGUAUUUUUUCCCAACAAUUUCUUUUUUAUUGCAAAUACUUGGUUUUUCCGUGAGAUUCACUGCGAAAUGUAAUAUUGAUAAAUAUUAAUGAAAAAUAUUUAUAAUAUUACAGCAUAUAUUUAUCGUUAGGUAGAAUGUAUGAA